AUGGCUGCCAUGGUUGGAGCGCGCAGGGCUCUCCUCGCCGCCCGCUACUCCCCACGCGGCGAGCUCGCGGCGGCGCUCGUCUCACCCGCCCGGCGCGUCGAUUCGCUGCCCAGUCUUCCAGCUGGAGGAGGAGGAUGUCUGCGUUCUUUGGCUCAACAUCGAGGCGCAGGCAGUCUGGCAUCUGAACAAGUUGAUGGGGACUACCACCACGAGUGGGGAGUGCGAAGCGAAGGGAACUACGGGGAUCCCCGCUCAAAUCACUCAGCUGAUCGUCACAGCCGCCCCCUGCAGAGGGAUCCCCCUUCAGCUCAUUCUUCAGAAGGCACCAACUCCAGAGAUAAAAGUGUGCAUGUUGGUGGCGCUGUCAACGCACCUUAUGGACGCAAUUCCGAGCAGUAUUACCAAAGCGGUGGAUCAUAUGGCUUGCCAAAUAGCCGUCAGCCGUAUAACGGUGCAAGGGUGAAUAGUGAGGCACCUGGGUAUAAUACCAGGCAACCGUAUGGGGGCGGUAGUGCGUACGGUCACCAAAAUCCCAAUGGCGAUCUACCGAAUGCACAUCAUCAGCAGCACAAUGGCGCAAAAGCUAAUAAUGGCCUUUCUCCAGAUGGUAACGUGCAAAUGAAUCGUGAUCUUGCUGGAUAUGACACAUACAACUCUGGAUACAACACCCAAGGUUACCAGCAGAGAUAUACUAGUGGGCAGUAUGGAUACGGUCCAUCAGCAUAUCAAGACUCAACUGGAAAUGGUCAUCAAGUCUUUCAGCAGCAGAAAGUUGGUCAAACAUCUGAUGGUAACUACACAAAUAGGCCUGGCAAUUCUGCUUCGCAAUAUCCAAACCCAAGCAGUUCCGGCAAGGAGCAUGCUGCAGGAUUUCAACAAGGCCAAAAUGGUGAUUUUGCGUAUAGUACCAGGCAACCUGAUCGGGCAAGCAGUGCAUACAAUCACCAAAGUCCUAGGGGGGGUCCACCACAAACUCAUCAACAGCCCAGUGGCACUGGAUAUGGGACACACAGCUUAGGUUACAACAGCCAAAGUAACCAGCACAACUAUACUAGUAGGCAGAAUGAGUAUGGCCCUUCAGGACAAUCAUAUGAAAGGUCAGCUGGAAAUGUUCAGCAAGUCUUUCAGCAACAGAAUUAUGAUCAAAGUGGUCAUUAUACAAAUAGGCCUGGAAAUUCUGCCUCUCAGUAUACAAAUCCUAGCAGUUUCCGUAAGGAUGGUGAUGCAGGAUUUCAGCAAAGCAAUGCUUCACAAGCCUCUUGGAGUCCUUAUACCGCUAACAAAGUUGACACGCAUAGAAAUCAGCCAGGGCAUUUCAAUGUAAACACAGAUGUACAGAGCAACCGUAAUGGAAUUUAUCAAGAAAAACAUUUGGAUAAUCAACCUUUCACGUCAGGUGAGAAUAACUUGAGCAGUACACCAUAUCAAGAUAGCAGGUACCAGCAUUCACCACCUGGCAGCCUUCCAAACAAUGGAUCACCUUCUGAAGUAUCUGGUGAAGCCAGUGGCAUACCCAAAGUCACUAUUGAAGAACUGGAUAAGUUAUGUGAAGACGGUAAAAUAAAAGAAGCUCUGGAAAUUCUACCAGUGCUGCAAGAAAAAGGCAUCAUACUGCAGGCCCCUCAAUACUUUAAAUUGAUGCAAGCAUGUGCUGAUGCAUCUGCUCUUGCAGAAGCAGGACAAAUACAUCAUCAAAUAUCUCAAUCAGAACUAGCUGCUGACACAGAUGUUAACAACAGAAUUCUGGACAUGUAUGCUAAAUGUGCCUCGAUGGAAGAUGCAAAGAAAGUGUUCAGUACUAUGGUGCAGCAUGAUUUGACAUCUUGGAGCACUAUGAUCUCAGGAUUUGUGCGCAAUGGUCUUGGUGAAGAGGCAACUGAUUUUUUUGAUCAGUUUAAGCAGACGGGAAAUAAGCCAGAUCCUGGCAUGUUCACACAAGUUUUCUUGGCCUGUGGAAUUUUAGGAUCUGUCGAUGAGGGCAUGUUGCAUUUUGAAUCAAUGCAGAAGGAUUUUGGUAUAACUCCUACCAUGGAUCAUUAUGCCAGCGUUGUUAAUAUGCUUGGCCAGUCUGGGUAUCUUGAUGAAGCUCGUGAAUUUGUUGAACGGAUGCCAAUAGAACCAAGCGUAGAUGUGUGGGAAAGUUUGAUGAAUAUGUGUCGACUGAAUGGAUCUUUGGACCUGGGAGAUCGUUGUGCUCAGAUUAUCGAACGCCUGGAUCCUUCUAGGCUGAAUGAGCAGUCUAAUAUGGGUCUUUUCCCUGUAAAUGCUUCAGACCUUGCAAAGGAGAAAGAAAGGAAGAAGGCUAAUUCUGUUGAAGCCAGAAGCAAAGUUCAUGAAUACAGAGCAGGGGAUCGAACCCAUCCUGAAACCCUUAAGAUUUAUGAAGAGCUGAGGUACUUGGCGGCUCAUAUGAAGGAGGCAGGCUAUGUUGCGGAUACACGAUUUGUGCUUCACGAUGUUGAUCCAGAAAGUAAAGAGGACGCCUUGCUAGCUCAUAGUGAGAGACUCGCUGUUAGUUACGGUCUUAUAACUAGCGCUCCCCGUGCGCCUAUUCGGGUUAUAAAGAAUCUCCGCUCCUGUGGAGAUUGUCACACGGCUUUGAAGAUAAUCUCCAAGCUCGUUGGCCGUCAGAUCAUUGCAAGGGACGCAAAGAGGUUCCACCAUUUCGAAAAUGGUGUCUGCUCUUGCAAAGACUAUUGGUAAUCAGAAUGCAACGAGUCUGCAUUGUUAUCAGAUUUUGUAGGUACGAAACCACAAUAGGUUGUGUAAAUCCUAAAGGUAUGCUGUAGCCUAUGAAACAUUUAGUAAACCACAAGUUUCAUGUCAUGGACGUGCUGUAUUCUCUCUCUUCUAUGUAAUGCCUUCUUUUAGCUUUC